CAGAGUGGAUCUAUAAUCUUUGUCUCCGAUUAAAAAGUAACUAUUAAAAUAAUUCCAAACCGAUGAUAAGAGCUAAGAUCUGUAGCGAAUAUCCAUUUGGUGUCAUUCAGAUUUGUCAAAAUCAGAUCCACGAGAGAAAAUGAUCAGAUUUUUCUGUGAUUACUUUUGAUUAAUCUGAUAACAAAGUCAGAUAUUAAUUGAGAAUUUUUGGUAAUUUACUAUUAUUUAGGGCAAUUUAAAAAAGGUUUAAUUAUUAAAUUUCUAUCAUCUGCUCGUGAUGCUCCAUUGCAGCAGGCUCGGCUUCAAAGUUCACAGUUCAUAGAGGCUGUCCCGCUCACAAGGAGCCGCAUUUUCUAGUCGCGACGCCACCCGAGAGGCGCAGAACUGCAGCUUCGGCACACCGCGGCGAACAGCUUCGUCUCGCGACCACCAUGUUGAGGAGACCUCUGCUAACCGCCACAAAGCGAGGCGCGAGCCUUCUGCCGCGUGACGACGCGACAAAAGUGGCGGCGGCGGCGGGGGGAGCUCCUUCGAUGCUCCUCGCGGAGCUUCGCCGCCACCAAACAUCCCCCGCCGUGGGUGUCGACAAAGUGAAAACUCUGGACGAUUUGGGGGGACCAAGCUUCCUGACCACCCUAAACUGGCUGUUUCUUAAAGGGUAUUUUAAAAAGACGCAGCAACUGCAGAUUGAACACAGGAACAUCUAUGGUCCCAUUUGGAAGUCUAAAUAUGGCCCUUUGGUUGUGGUGAACGUGGCCAGCGCCGACCUCAUUGAGCAGGUCCUGAGGCAGGAGGGGAAAUACCCGGUCCGGUCGCAAAUGCCCCACUGGAGGAGCUACAGGGAGCUCAGGAGUAAAUCCCAUGGACCUCUGACAGAGUUGGGGGCCAAGUGGCAGCGCAUACGCAGUAUCUUGAACCCCCGGAUGCUAAAGCCUGUGCACGUGUCGUCUUACACAAACACCCUUAAUGAUGUGGUAACAGACUUUAUCGAGAGAAUUUCCUGGCUGAGGGCCACCGGUGACCAGGGUAUCACAGUCAAUGACCUGACUGGAGAACUCUACAAAUUUGCUUUUGAGGGCAUCUGCUCAGUGUUGUUUGAGGCUCGCAUGGGCUGCAUGAACGAGGUGGUGCCAGAAGAAACGCAGAAGUUCAUCUUUUCCGUUGGUGAAAUGUUUCGUCUCUCCCCCAUCGUCGUCCUCUUCCCCAAAGUCUUCUGGCCGUAUUUGCCUGCCUGGAAACAGUUUGUUGCGACCUGGGAUCACCUCUUCAGUGUCGCCGAGGAUUUGGUGAAGAAGAAAAUGGAGGAGAUCCAGCAGGAUGUGGAAACGAACAAGGAGGUGGAGGGAGCGUACCUCACACACCUGCUGCUCAGUGACCAGAUGACGGUCACAGAGAUCCUGGGCAGCAUGACGGAGCUUCUGCUGGCUGGAGUCGACACAACGUCCAACACAAUCUCCUGGGCUUUGUAUCACUUAGCCAAGGAGCCAGAAAUCCAAACCAAGUUGUAUCGGGAAGUUAUCGAUGUUUGUCCAGGAGACAAGGUGCCGACCAGCAGCGACAUCAGUCAGAUGCCGUACCUUAAAGCCGUCAUCCGAGAGACGCUGAGGUUGUAUCCAGUGGUCCCAUCAAACGCACGCGUCACUGUGGAAAAUGACAUCAUAGUUGGAGGUUAUGUCUUCCAAAAACAGACGUUAUUCCACCUUUGUCACUAUGCCGUGUCCCACGAUGAGAGCAUUUUUCCCGAUCCGCACACCUUCCUGCCUCAGCGCUGGCUCAGAGGACUGGAUGAUAAGAUCAAGCAGCACCCUUUUGGUUCGGUGCCGUUCGGCUUCGGGGUGCGGGCGUGUUUAGGCCGGCGGGUUGCUGAGCUGGAGAUGUACCUUUUACUGUCCAGGCUGCUGAAGAGUUAUGAGGUCAGGCCCGACCCUGCUGGAACCGAAGUGAAGCCCAUCACCAGAACCCUGCUGUGUCCUGCUGAACCCAUAAACCUACAGUUCCUGGACAGAAAGGCUUAGGAGAUGCUCUGAAUGAAGGCAGCAACCUCCCUGUCAGCUGCAUUAGCAUGCACACUGUGUCGUCCUUCUUUCACCAAGAUCCUGUUUUUAGAGAGUUCACGUCCAGAACACUAAAAAGUGCAAAAACUGAGUAGGAAAAGCAGGAUUUGCCAGGUAGAACACAUGCUGACCUAAAAUACGGUAGAUUUUCACCUACUGCUUAAUCACUUUCUUUGCUACCAAGAUUUUCAAGUGAUACUGUUUUUUUCUCUGUCUCUUCUGUGUCGCAUUUGCAUUUUUUUUCAUGUUUGUGUUUUUCGUUAAAUAACUUUAUAUGCUCUAAAACUAUUUCUAACCAAUUAAAAAGGAACUGUGUGCGAACCAA